AUGUCAUUCGGCUUCAUUACUACAGAUCCGCUUUUGGAGAAAGCGAUCAAAGAAACAGAAAACACUUUGAUGUUUGCCGCAUCCACAAAUUUCAGUGCCGCUGAGUUCCCACCAAUCCGAUUCCCUGCGCGAUACUGGGAGAGAGUGUUUUCAGUCAAUGUUGCAGAUGGAAGAGGGGAGCCCUCCGGAUCGAAUCCACCGAAAGAUAGGAAUCGCCAGAUUCGGAAUUUCAGCUUUCUGGGAGAAGCAGUAGGCCUCGUCAAUCAUCAAGCAAGCGACAGGGGUAAUCAGCCCAGAUAUGGUAACGGAUCAUCAGUUGCAACGUCAAUUGCAUCUGGCAUUGCAGCCGUAGUCUCGGGGAUCUCCCGACAAGACGGUAUGUUUGAUAGCGUACGGAAUCCAGCUCAGCUAAAGUCGCUAGCUGCCAUUGAGUCUGUAUUCGGUGAAAUGUCAGAGAGUGGCCCGAAGAAAGGAUACCGCUUUGUUGCUCCAUGGCAGAUGCUUUCUUCAACGUCUAAGGAAUACAAAGACCAGAUGGGUGAUAUCUGCGAACGUAUAUCGAAAAGCCAUCGAAAGCAGACACCAUUGAGCAAGCGAUAG